UAGCCGAGCACUGAUCCAGCAACCAAUGGGAAACAGCGAAACAGGCGCGGAUUAACGGAUUUGUUCCAAGGUGCUUUGUUGUUAUUUUAGUAGCUGCCUUCAAACGACCAGCUGUACACGUUUAGGGCUACAACUUGAAGGAUGAGUCUGUCUUUAAGGACUGAGCUGGCAGUGGAUAAAACCAAGCGGAAGAAGCGGAGAGAGCUGACUGAGGAACAGAAGCAUGAAAUCAAAGAGGCCUUUGAGCUGUUUGACACAGACAAAGACAAAGAGAUAGACUACCACGAACUCAAGGUGGCGAUGAGAGCUAUGGGUUUUGAGGUGAAGAAAGUAGAUAUACUGAAGAUACUAAAAGAUUACGACAGAGAGGGGAAUGGCAAAAUAACAUUUGAUGACUUUAAUGAAGUUGGUGUCUCAGUGACAGACCGUAUCCUGGAGAGGGACCCAAAGGAGGAGAUCCUGAAGGCCUUUAAGCUGUUUGAUGAUGACGACUCCGGGAAGAUCAGCCUGAGGAACCUGAGACGUGUGGCCAGAGAGCUAGGAGAGAACAUCACGGAUGAGGAACUACGCAGCAUGAUCGACGAGUUCGAUACAGAUGGAGACGGAGAGAUCAACCAGGAGGAUUUUGUAUCCAUAAUGACUGGAGACUCCUGAUUGAAGGGCUGCUGCUCUGGGGGCUUGGCUAGGAGGCUGAGGCUAUAGAUUCACUGUGGGAUGGAUAGGUCCCCCAGGUCACUGAGGGACUGCAAAAUAGCUUACCUUGUCUCCUUUCCUUUAUCUACACUGACCGACCAGAACUGACCAGGGGAAGUAGAGGAGAGUAGGUAAGGACGCCACUGUAGAGUAGGUAAGGACGCCACUGUAGAGUAGGUAAGGACGCCACUGUAGAGUAAUGCGAUUCAAAAUCUCUCCCAAAUAGCACUGCUGUCGCUCCUGUUCUUUUCUUUGUUGAAACAUCUUGUGUGUUUUUACAAUAUGUUUGGUGCAAAUACAACCAAAUAUUGUAUGUUCUUUUCUUUUAGUAGUUUCUUUUCAAAAUUUGAAUAGAAGCGCUGUGUAUCCAUACCGUACAGAAAACUGUACAGAUUACAUAACAGGUCAUGUCUCUGAGACAUUCCUUGUAAACUUCAACGUUUUCAAUAGUAUUUCUGGAUGGCGGUUUUAAAUACAAACUGGCUUCACCGACCACAUUUUGUAGUUUAGUAGACUAUUUUUAUUGAAUUAUUUUUAAUGUUAUUUAUUUUACAUAAUAAACACAAUUGACUGA